AACACUUAUGCAGGUGGAUCCUACACUAAUGAAUGUAGGGGAUGGAGGCACGGUGAGCAGAGAGAUCAGUGCUCCAAAUAAACCGUCUGCUAGUAUGGUGGGAAAUCCCCCUCAGACGCUUCCCCCUGAGCUCAGAGGAGAUGUCUCCCUCAGUCAGCAGAACAAGAGCACCCCAACAACGGACUGCAAGACAGCGAAAGCAUGCCUGGACUCAAGUAGUUAUAACCACAGCUCUGAGGUCCCCUCACCUCAGCAGUUAAACAAUGCGCCAAUGUCAGCCCCCUCCCUUACCAGCUCUGACAAGAGAACGGACAAAAAGACAGAGGUCCCUAAACUCAAGGCAGACGGUCCCGGGAUCUUUCCUACAGCUCAGUGGGCAGGUGGUGCAAAGGUCAGCCUGGAAGACUCACUCAGUCCCAGUCACAGCAAUGUUACAUCCAGUAAGAAAUCGCAUACACAAACACAGUCAGUGAUAAGUCUUCCUCCUGGGUUUCAGGGCUCCCCCCUAUUUAAACCAAGCCAGUCAGUUGCCUUCCUUCCAUCCACCAACUUCUCCUCCCCACUUUGUAAAAUCACUCUUCCACCAGCACUGGGUCAGAUUGCACCACUGAGAGAGGCCACAGCCACUCAGUUCCAGAAAGAAAUCCAGCCCCAAAGCUCAGGCGCUGGAGGGACAUCUUUUCUUCGGACAUACCCAUAUCCAUUUUCAGUGGGUCGGACUCCUGGAACAGAGAAAAAAGCCAGCACAUCAACAUCAAAACUAAAAUCCAAUUCAACAUCAAAUAAAAGCACCAAAUCUGUAGGAGAGCAUAAGUCCUUAGCCUCCGUGGUGGCCUCACCAGCUCUAGCACUCCCACUGCAGCACCCAUCAUUAGGUUCUGCACCACCAACCCGCUUCACGAUGUCUCCCACCGCUGCCAUCUGCUGUGGCCCUGCACUGGCCAGUAUCACCACACAGAGCAGACUGCUGAACCACGUGGAGAAAAGCCACAUUGUAGACAAGACAUCCGUAGGCUGUCUAAAACCGAAGGCUCCAUCUGCUUCUGAGGACCAUGCAGUCGCUUGCCCAGUUGAACCGAGGGACGUGCCUCUAGAUUUAUCUGCAAAGUCAAAGCGUCCAAAAUGCAUAAAAGACUCUCUAAAUGCAGUGGCUGCAGUGGAGCAUAAUUAUAAAGAGUCGAAUCAGAGAGAUUCUCUUAACACAAAGAGGCCUCACACUACAACUUUUAGUUCAGCUGUGCAAUAUCCUGUCUUACCCAAUACCCAUAGAAAUGGAUCUCAUCAAAAGCAAUCGAAUAGGCCACCAAAUCAUCAGGUCUUAGAGCCUAAGUCAUCCUGGGGCAAAGGGUCCUCACAGGACUCCAUAAAAAGCAUCCCUGGAACUUACGUGGGCGUGGCUAGCCCAAUACUGGCCUCUACUCUGCGGGGCAAAGAUGGAAAAGGGAAUUUUGCAGAUGAAUUUCAGAAUUUUGCAAAACAGGAGUUUAUUUCUAUCAUUGAUCAAGGAGAACAUCUGGCCUCGAGAGGUAAGAAGCCAUCCUAUCUAAUGAAGGGCAACCAGCUUGUUCAUAGUGUUAAACAUGUUAAUAGCACUAGCACAGCAAUUACUACCUAUCCAGCCAAAGGAGCCCUAACGUCUGCCUUGCUGGGCUCUGCCACUGCUCAAAGUCAUCCAAAGUCUGGAACUGGCAAAGCAACAGUGCCGUAUUCUACCAAUGCUGUCAAUCCAGCAUGGCAGCAAUCAGCUCAUCCUCCUCACCAGGGUACUUCUGUUCAGAGAAAAGUUAAUCAAGGAUCCCCAAAAGCCAAGGUCACUCCAAAUUCAGGGGGUCCUAAGUUUCAGAGUGGCCAGCCUAGCACGUCCAAAAGAGAGGAUGACAAAUGGGAGAGAAUGAAAUCUCCCCUAUCUAACCUUGAGUCCAUUGUGAAGCAGAAAACUCUUGAAACAACAGCAAUGAUAGGUGAAGGCUAUGCUCAAACUGCACCUGUUGCAUCUAGAAAAGCUGACGCUGUGAGUCCACAUAUUAGGAGUCAAGACACUCAGUCCAAACAGGCUUCUACUUUUGAAUACCCACCCUUCAGGUCUGUGGAGAAGAAAGAGGGAAAACAGCUGAGUGUGCCAUCUCAAGGGGAUUCAUCUCAAAUUUUGAACCGACUUGAGAAGUCAAGUGCCACUGAGCCCAGAGACCAUAUUUCAGAGCUAAAUGCCAAUCAGGGAGAACAUGUGGGACUACAAGACAAGCAAGGUGCCUCAAAGCCUGCUUCCCAAUCUCAUAUCUUUGGAGGCAAUGCAUCAACAAAUGGUAACAGGAUGGAGAGCAAACUAGCCCAGGUGUUGGAAGGGGAGAUAUUGAAGAAAGAAAGUGGGGCAUCGGAACCCUCCCCCAGUGAAAAAUCAGAGGCUAUAGUUCUGUCUAUCCUCACUGGGCAGAGUGCUGGGGGCAGUGGUGAGGCUGAAAGGAAAGCAAACGGAACCAAAGAGGAGUCGCUAACCAAAGCAAAAGCUGCUGUCAUCAGACAAAAGAAAGUCAGUCCUAAAAAGCCUGCUAAAGAGAAGUCACCAUCACAGCCAUCGAAGAAGGCUGUUGGAACGUCAAAGAAACGGCAAGACAAGGAAAGCCCUCAAGUCAAAGUGUCAUGCCUCAAAAAGAAGAAACAAUGUGCACAUGUGCAGGAGCCAAAGGAGAUUCCAAAGGAAAAAAACAGCCCUAACAAACUGGAGCAGGCCACUCAAAACAAACCUGGUAAUGGGGGCGAUCCUAAGAUUCCAGAGACGCCAGUGUCUCUCAAAAGCUGUGGAAUACCCAGCAAGGAGCCUAAAACACCAGAGAGUUCCACCCCAAGGCUAAGGCGGGGUCGACGGCGAACCGAUGAAGCUCAGCUAGACCACUGGGGCUUUGCAACGCCUUCCCCCCCACCCUCCCUGACUCCUCCUCCACUGCCCUCACCCUCUCCUCCCACCCCCCCCUCACAACCUGCCCGCCGCCCCAGAGGGAGGCCUCGGAGCAACCCUCUGCCAGAGAGAGGCGGUCAGGGCAAGGCCAGGACACCCAGCGGCGAGGGAGAUAGCCCCGUUCGCAAGAAACGCCGGCGCUGCCGCAACAGGAAGUAUCAGACUGGGGAGUACAUCACAGAGAAAGACAAGUUGGAGGAUGGAGAGCGGAAUGAGGAAGCUGACUCCUCAAGGCAGGACAAUGGCAUAACUGCAGAGUCACAAACGGAGCUAUGUCCGAGUCUUUGUCCCCCUAGUGAGGAUGCUGCUCUCCAGAGACCUUCAUUGACACGCUCAGGGUCAGUUCGCUACCAGGAAAAUGAGGCCUCUCCAGAGUGCAUUGACAAGCCUUCAGGGAAGAGGAAGUUCAAAAGCAAACACUUGAGUGACAGCGGUGAGCAAAAGUUCAAGACCAAACGCAGCAGCUUGGGCAAGCGCAGUGCCCCAUUCACUUCAGAUAAUGACAGCACUACAGCAAAGAAACCAGCCUCCAUCCCAUCCUCUCCAAAGGCCCUCUCAACACCUCCAUCCAAUAAGAAAGGCUCACCAGCUAAAGGUGGUGCAUCAGAGUCUCCACCCAAAAGACCUGUCCCUCCAGAGGUUCGCCGGCUGAUUGUCAAUAAGAAUGCUGGGGAGACCUUGCUGCAGCGAGCUGCCCGACUGGGAUACCAGGACGUAGUUCUCUACUGUCUUGAGAAGGACGUACGGGAGGUCAAUCGCCGUGACAACGCUGGUUACACAGCACUCCACGAGGCAUCUUCUCGAGGCUGGACUCAGAUCGUGGAGAUGCUGCUGAAUCACGGGGCUGACGUUAACUGCAGCGCACAGGAUGGGACACGACCGAUUCAUGAUGCAGUGGCCAGUGAUAACCUGCCAAUAGUGUGGUUGCUGCUCAACCAUGGUGCGGACCCCACCCUUGCCACCUACUCUGGGCACACUGCAGUCAAACUGGCCCAUAGCCAAAGUAUGAAGACCUUUCUUACAGAAUACUUCAUAGACCUAGAAGGACGUAGUGAGCAGGAUCCCUGUUUACACUGGGAUUUCUACAGCAGUACCCUCUUUGAGAAUGACCAGGAGCCGUGCUGGGACUUCCUGCUCUUUGAGCAGAAGGAGGAGUCAGAGGAGAAGGAGAGAGGGAAAACUGAAAGAGACUCUGACAAAGAUUGUCUUCUCUUUGAGUUCUCUUCCGAGCCCCUCUUACCCUGCUAUCAUGUUCAGGUGUCGUUAAGCCAGGGCUUCUGCAACUGGUUCCUGCUGACAGAUGUGCUGAAACGCUUAAAGAUGUCAGCACGUAUAUUCCGGGCACGUUACCCACACUUGGAAGUGGUGAGUUUGGGACAGGCUGAGCUCUGGAGACAAGUAUCUGUCAGCCAAGUGAGCUCAGCUCUGGCGGCUUCCCACAGAGGCAGCCAUAACGAUGAGGAUGGAGAUGAAGAGGAUGAGGAAGGCCUUGUGGAGCUGGUGCGAUGUGUACCAGAACUCCAAAGACUAUUGGGCUCCUCAAUUCACAUUCUACAGGAGGAAGAGGAGGAGGAAGAGGAGAAGGAGGCGCCAGCAAGUGCUGCCAAGCCGCGCAGCCGAUAG